AUGCAGGCGUGCGGGGGCACCGCGGGGGGUCGCCGGGCCUUCGACAGCAUUUGCCCCAAUAGGAUGCUGGAUCUGCGAGGCCGGCCGUUCGGCAAGCCCGGGAAGCUGGAGAGGAAGUUCGCCCCUGCGCGGAAGCUCUUUCUCGGUAGCAGCGGCAGCAGCCCGGUGUCGGUGUACGAGGAUCCCCCAGACGCCGAGCUCGCUGCGCUGCCAGCCCUCACCACCAUAGACCUGCAGGACCUCGCUGACUGCUCCUCGUUACUCGGGUCCGACGCGCCGCCUAGUGGUAAUUCGGCCGCCUCACAGAACCACUCCCUGCAAACGGCAGCGGACUUCGAUCUGCAGGAUUUCAGAGACACCGUGGAUGAUCUCAUUGCAGACUCAUCCUCUAUGAUGUCGCCUCCCCUGGCGGGCGGAGACUUCCCCUUCUCUCCUUGCGACGUACUGCCGUUUGGUCCCUGUCUCUCCCCACAAGCCUUGCAGUCACCGCCGCUGCGCCCUCCCGACGUGCCCCCACCAGAGCAGUACUGGAAGGAGGUGGCCGACCAGAACCAGAGGGCGUUGGGGGACGCACUCGUGGAGAAUAACCAACUGCACGUGACGUUGACCCAGAAACAGGAGGAGAUCGCCUCACUGAAGGAGCGGAACGUGCAACUGAAGGAACUCGCCAGUCGGACACGGCACCUGGCCUCGGUGCUGGAUAAGCUGAUGAUCACACAGUCCCGGGAUUUCGGGGCGGCAGCUGAGCCCAUCCCACUCAAGGCGACUUCCAAAAGGAGCCUGGAGGAGUUGUUGAGCGCGGGGCAGGAUUGCGCGGAAGUGGACGCCAUCCUGAGGGAGAUUUCCGAGCGCUGCGAUGAAGCGCUGCAGAGCCGCGAUCCCAAGCGGCUCCGGCUGCAGCCCGAGCUCCCGAGCACGGACGGCAGGCCUGGGAACCUGCACGGCGCCUUCCGGGGGCUGCGCACAGACUGCAGCCGGAGCGCGCUGAACCUGAGCCACAGUGAGCUGGAGGAGGGCGGCUCCUUCAGCACCUCCAUCCGCAGCCACAGCACCAUCCGUACCCUCGCUUUCCCCCAGGGAAAUGCCUUCACCAUCCGGACAGCCAACGGGGGUUACAAAUUCCGCUGGGUCCCCAGUUGA